AUGGCGGAGAACAUUCUCGGCCUGCUGCUCGUGACGUCGUCGGCACAAGACCGAUAUGUCUUUCGGUAUCCGCCUGACCCGACGUCGCCAGAGGUGCGGCUGUCGCAGCCCGUCUACUCGCGCGCAACAUACACUGCCAAGGACACGACCGUGGAUACGCGCCCGACGCACCGCCUCUUCCCGCGUGGGAUGCACGCAGACGGAAGCCGUACAUCGGGGUCUCGUGGCGGCGGCGGGCUCACCGUCCCUCCAUACAGCAGUGCGGCGUCCAGUCGCCCGGGGCUGCGGUCUACUCGACACCUCGAGGGAUCCGAUAACUCGUCCGCCGCGAUGCCGGCGUCAGGCAGCAGCCUCCACUCGCACCUCACUCAGGUGGGGUCCAGUGGCAACUCGGGUACCGACGACAGCAGCUCUGACGACUCGGACGAGGAUGACCGUAUCUUCGAGGGUGGGGGCGGAUACGUCCCCCGCCGAUACAGCAGCGAGGCCGAGUCGAUCCGGCCCAACGCGCCGCGAGGCCUGUCUGAGAUUCUGGAAGGGCCGCGGCGGUCGAGCCUCGUCGAGAGCGAGGCGACCCAACGGCCCGGAGGCGCCAAGAAGGGGAAAGAGAACGGCGCCUUUAUCGAGGCCCAGUACAACUAUGCGCUCGGCUACAGCCUCGACUUUCUCGCCGACCUGCUCACACCGCCGCGUGCGGCUUGUAACCGCAAGUUUGAGGUGUCGGUCGACGAGCUCGUGUUCAUCGGCCACCCCGUGUCCUGCAACCCUGAUGGACGAUGGGCGUACCCCGCCGAAGAGAGUAGCGACGAGGAAGACGAGCCGCGACGAGUGUCCCGUGGUCGAAGGAUGAACGAUACGCCUGGGCCGCGCGAUGCGUCCCUCCGCACAGUGGCCGAGGCGCCCGAGAGCCCCGUCUCGAGCCGUCUUCUGAGUGACUCCAACCACUCGUUGUUCCGGGCCAUGUCACGCAACUCUGUCGCCGCCAGCAUGUCGGCUAGUGGAACAGAGGGCAGUGGUACUGAGACACCCUCUCGGCCCAAUGGCAAGAAGCUCGAGGACGACAAACCCGUGCUCCAAAUGUUCCACUUGGCGCUCAUUCUCGACAAGCCUGACCCGCAACCCGACAGCGACGUCACACCCAACGACACAUACAAGACCGUCUACCAGGAGAUUGCGUUCAAGUGGACCGCGGCGGCGUUUGCCCUGCAGGUGCGCGACAACUGGAUCGCGACCCAGGCAAGACAGAUUACGCGCAUUCGGGAAAAGGCCAUCUCAGAGGGUGUCUCGGUUGUCGACUGCCUGCGAAUGUGCAUUGAAAAGACCGAGCUGGGAGCCAGCCUCCAUGAGCUGUUCAGCGCACUGCACAAGGUCAAGAGCAAGCCGCUCAACACGCUGUUCUCGCACCUGGCCACGACCGUCAACGUCAACGUCAGCAACAUUCCCAUCUCAAUCGCCAUCCCGCCGCGCGAAAAGGACGACGAGGCCGCGUUACUGGCGAAUGGUGACCUCGACAGCUCGGAGAGUGACGGCGAAGUGGACGACGCAUGGAGCCUCACUGGCGCGGACGGUGCGCUCGUUGCACGCAAGCAGCCGCACUUGAAUGUCGAGCCAUGGCAGGCCCUCUUGGUCCUGAAUGAACACGAAGCAGACAUCCACAGUGCCGCUCUCCGUGAUGGGUUCCGGCGUGACUCCAAGUCGCAGAGGGCCGAGGACGAGCUCAUGGGGGCGCUCGUGCGCGCCGCUGAUGUGACCAGGCCGUUGCAUGAGCUUGCGCACCAGUUGCGUUACGACCUCGAGGGUAUUGUCAUCCCACUCGCGAGGGAGCUUGUGCAGAGCAAGAGGGCCAUCCUGGUCGACGUCGUCAACAUCCGUCUCCGGACCAUUCUCAUCCCCGCCAACGUCUCACAGCACCUGCGCUCGCUGGACCAGCACACGAACCUGUGGCGGAUGGCGUUCCCAAGUCUCGGCGACCUGCGCGCGUUCAUCUCGAUGGUCUCGUUUGCGCCCGUCCCCUUCCGUGACCUCCUCCCACCCGAGGCCCAGGCCGACCCGCCAAAACGCGACCUGUACAUCCGUGCCAUCACCUGGCUCCUGCGAAACGACCUGGUACUCCAGUCCCACGUUCGCGCGCGCGUCAUCGUCUCGCCAGCAGUCAAGGAGACGGCAUGGCGGCGUCUGUGGCACAGGCGUAGGAACAAGUGGCUCCGCGAGCGCAAGGCGUCCAUGACAUCUACGCGCUCCAGCCUGUCCCGUCCGAGCUUUACGUCUCCGGGCACAGACGCGUCCCCCAAGUCGGACCUCAUCACUCCUCGCGCGGUUGUCGUGGAGCAAUCCAACCCGAUGGACGGGUUCGCCACGCGUGUUCCCCGUCCCUCCCCCCCAGGGGUGAGCACGGUGCUGAAACGCGAAGCCGCCCGGACGGCCACCUCGGUCUCCAACCCGCUCGAACUCCGGGAGACGACCACGUUCACCAGCUACCUCGACUAUGACAGUGACUUGGAGAUGGACUCGGACGUGGAGGGCGACGAGGCGCCCGCGGGCGAGGCCGAAAAUGCCUUUGCCCAGUUUUCGGUCGACGAGACCGAGCCCUCGAUUGUGCCGAGUUUUUCGUCCAGCUUCAUUUUCCUCCCUGCGCACGCGCAAAAGGACGAGGCAAGGUGGCUGAGGGUCAUCCGCGAGCACACGACGGACCAGGUGAUGCGGUCUCGGUUUGAUCUGUGUGUGCAAUACUUCGACGGCGUGACGACGUUUGAGGAGAUCAUGUACCGUACCAGUCUGAGCAGGCGCGAACUGGACCGCAUCGCACUUGUCUUCCGUGACGAUAUUAUGAUCACCAUCCACCCAUGA